AUAUCUUCUCCCACUUCUACCUCUACUACGGCGACGGAGGACUCUCCCACACUGGCUCAUGUGGUCAAAAGAUGGAAAACAAAAGAGCUCAUUGAGUUCUUACGAAAGGAGGAAGACUUAAACCUUAGCGAAAAAGCUAUUAAAAUUUUAGAACAAGAGGAGAUUGAUGGCCGUGACUUUCUCAAGACAAGCGAAGAAAAGCUUCGCAGUUAUGGAAUGCCAGGUGGACCUGCGUCAAGGCUUUCUGACUUCGCUAAGGACCUUAAUAAACGAAAGUUAAGAGCGUAUUCAUCAUACAAAAGUCUUAAAGAAGUGUUGAGAAAAUUCGGACUAGAUAGUGAUG